AUGUCAUCUUACGUCAUGUGGUCAAUGUCAGUAAUGGCGUGCGCUUGUGAAAAAUUUGCAAGCUAAUCCAUCAGUGAAUAUUAACAUGACAGACUCAACUAAUAUGUUUGGCUUCGAGCUUUUGCAAAAACUACAUCACGAUGAAAUCCAUAAAAAAGAAGAUGUAAUAAUUUUAUUUAUACACUGGUAUCUGGUCAAAUGUGGAUUUCGAUGUAUUGGAAUUGGGGAUGAAAAAAAUUUUAAUGCAUCAGAGAAAGGAUCUGAAUUGCUUCCAAAAGAUUGGAACUCGCGAAAUAAUUAUACAUUACGUUAUAUUAAGGAGGAAAAAUUAUAUAUACUCCUUGGAAUUAAAUCAGAUAUGGAUCUGCUAUUAAAUUUGGUGAGACACCAUGACGAUUCUAUCUCUAAUAUUCAGUUCUCUAUUGAGGAAACUGUAUCUACGCUACAUGGGCCUUUAGAAAUUGUGAUACCAUCAUAUCGUACAAUUUUACAUACCAUACAAAAGGACUUGUUGGGUGCAAUAUAUUCUGGAAAUAGUAAAGAGGUGACAACUCAAACAACCACAUCAAGCAACCAAGAUUCCUCUCAAACAAAUGAAAACCGAAGACAUAGAGAUCCAUUGAGAGUAGGACCUGAUUCUCACCCAUCAUUACAUCGUGCACCUGAACAUGAUCCUGCAAGAGUAGGAAUUAGAGACCUUGAUCCAUUUGGACAAGGUGGUGGUAUGAUAUUCGACCCAUUUAGUCCCCCAACUGGACGUCUACCCAGUGGUUUAGGAGUACCUGGAAGAUUGCCACCAGGUGCAAUACCACCUGGCGCAAGAUUCGAUCCGUUUGGUCCACCCGAUUUGGAUCCAUUAAGACCGCGUCGUCGUAGGCCCGACGACGAUCAUUUUCCUCCUCCAGGAUUUGACAUGUUUAAUUAAUUUUAUACUUAAUUAUAUAUAUCUAUGUAUGUAUGUAUUGUUAAAGAAAAUAUCUUAAAAAAAUCAAA